GAUCUAUUUCCCUUUCCCAGCGCCCGCAUAUUAGUAGAGGGGCUUAACUGAUUGUUCUGGUUAAUUUUAAUUUCUUGGUUGAUCACCAUACGACCCUUCAGUACGUGAGAGAAAGAAGAAGAAGAAGAUGUUGAGGUUGAUAACAGGGAUUCCAGGGCCAAGCGGGUUUGGAUCAGCUUCCACUGCAGAGCAGGUCACUCAGGGAAUCGAUGCCUCCAACCUCACUGCCAUUAUUACAGGUGGUGCGAGUGGGAUUGGUCUAGAAGUGGCAAGAGUUUUAGCACUGAGGGGAGCACAUGUCAUCAUCGCCGCAAGAAAUAUGGACGCUGCAAGAGAAGCAAAAGAGCUCAUCCUAAAGGGAAAUAACAUUGCACGUGUUGAUAUUCUCAAUCUUGACCUCGGCUCCUUGAAAUCCGUUAAGGCAUUUGCGGACGAUUUCAAAGCUCUUCACCUUCCUCUUAACAUCCUGAUAAACAAUGCUGGUGUCAUGUUCUGUCCAUUCCAGCUCUCAAAAGAUGGAUAUGAGAUGCAGUUCGCUACAAAUCAUCUUGGACAUUUUUACUUGACAAACCUUCUUCUGGACAAAAUGAAGGAAACUGCAAAAGUUACUGGUGUUCAGGGUAGGAUUGUGAACUUGUCAUCUGUGGCUCACCUUUACACAUACAAAGAAGGAAUACGGUUUGACAUGGUCAAUGAUGAAGCCGGCUACCAUGAAAAAAUGGCUUAUGGGCAAUCCAAGUUGGCCAAUUUAUUACAUGCUAAUGAGCUCUCUCGCCGCUUACGAGAAGAGGGAACUAAUAUCACUGUGAACUCUGUGCAUCCUGGGAUAAUAUGGACAAAUCUUAUGAGACAUUCUGUUCUUUUUUCAAAAAUUAUGAAGCUAUUCACUUGGAUGCUGUGGAAGAAUGUCCACCAGGGGGCGGCUACGACGUGCUACGUGGCACUCCAUCCAGACCUGAAGGGUGUUACCGGAAAGUACUUCCUAGACUGCAACGAAUACGAGCCAAGCGAGUUGGCCCGAGAUGAAGCUCUCGGAAGGAAGCUUUGGGAUUUUAGUGAAAAGCUAGUUAAUGCAGCUCAAGGCAAAUGAAGUACCUUUAUUACUUUUCUUUUUAUUUCCUUAUUUAUUCCUUUUCUCUAAGUAAUUUCAUAUUAUACUUAUAAUAAUGCUGGCCUCACGGCGGAUAGCAGUUCUGUUAUUGCAAUACCAAUAACACAAUCGUAAUAGACGACGACCUUAUUUGUAAGAUUUUGCUUUAGGCGUGUGACUUUGUCAUUAAGAGUAUAUUUUUUGUAAAGGAUUGUGUAAUUUGCACUCCAAGAGAUAUAAUUUAUGUACUGGUUUUGUUGUCAUUU